GAUACAUCUCACUUCAUUAGCCGCUGCUGGACAGCUGACUUCAGACUUGAUUCUAAUUUUAGGCUUGGCUUUAUCAUCAUAUUAUAUGCAACCAUGCUUCGACAACAAACAGCUCACAUAUAUAUCGGAAUAUUACUUUGUUUAUUACGGUCUCUGUAUUCGCAGGAGGUGGAUACAGGUAAAUUUAAUUAUUUAGAACAGUAUGGAUUUGUAUCCCCAACUAACGCAGAAGCCGGGCGUUUGAGAACAGUGAACGAAUUCACUCAAGGUAUAGAAAGGUUCCAGACGUUCUACGGGCUGACCGUCACUGGUACAUUGACACAAGAAACGACAGAAUUGAUGGAAAAACCAAGAUGCGGCUUAAAGGAUUUCACUGAAACGCCUUCUAAUAUUCGCGCGAGACGAUAUGCACACGUGGGAAGCAAGUGGCACAAAAAUGACCUGACAUAUAGAAUUAUGAUUUACUCUAAUGAUUUGAGCCAGUCCGAUCAGCGAACAGCCAUCUACAAUGCAUUUAAAGUUUGGAGUGACGUAACUCCACUAACAUUCCGAGAAGUUGGUUCUGGUGCUGCUGACAUCCUAAUCACGUUUGCCAGUUUUCAGCAUUAUGACAGCUACCCAUUCGAUGGACCAGGUGGUACACUUGCACAUGCGUACUUUCCUUCACAUGGAAUCGGUGGGGAUGCUCAUUUUGACGAAAGCGAGACUUUUUCUGUUUAUGGAAAUGAAGGUACCGAUCUGUUCAUUGUUGCUGCUCACGAAUUUGGCCACAGUCUGGGACUGGGACACUCAGGCGUAAUGUCGGCGUUGAUGGCGCCAUUCUAUCAAGGUUACAUAUCAGAUUUCACCUUACCAUAUGACGAUCAGCUUGGAAUUCAACGUUUAUACGGUUCGAAGCCCAGAGAAGAGGUCCCAACAAAAGCACCAACUAAGGCACCAGCGGUUGUUACCAAACGGCCAGAUAUAAAUAUACCCGUAAAUCCAGAGAAACCAGUAACGCGUUUACCACCGGCUCCACCAACCACUACUAAACAAAUUACCCAGAAACCUGUCGUGAACGUAGAUACUUGUAACAAGGGAUACGAUGCUAUAGGCUUCAUAAGAUCAGAGUUAUUCCUUUUCAAAAAAGAUAAGUUUUGGAGAAUGGAUAUGCAGGCUUACCCAUACGAAGGUUAUCCUCUACCAUCCGAUAGUUUUUUCUUCCAUCUACCAAGCGACAUUGACGCUGUAUAUGAGAGAGACUAUGAUGGAAAGAUAGUGUUCUUCAAAGGUAAAAAAUAUUGGGAAUACGCUGGAAACAACCCUGAAGAUGGCUUUCCUAAACUGAUCAGCGAACUCGGAAAUUUACCAAUUAAGAUUGACGCCUCUUUAAGUUGGGGAAACACAGGCAAAACAUACUUCUUCAAGGGAAAAGAAUAUUGGAGAUAUGAUGAAUAUGAUAAGAAAGUUGACAAAGACUACCCGAAGCUGAUUAAAACUAACUGGGGAGGUGUUCCAGCUUACCUUAAUGCUGCAUUUAGGUGGAAAGACGGAUAUACUUAUUUCACUAAAGGAAGACGUUUUUGGCGCUGGAAUGAACGAACUGGCAAGGUGGAUCCUGGGUACCCUCAGUUAUUUGGUACAGAGUGGCUGGGAUGUAGUGCCAAUCUAAUGCUGCCUGAAGGCAAUGACACAUCGAUAAUAGCUAAAAAUAUUAAUAAUGGCGGAGUCCGAAAUACAUUUACCAGCUUCAACGCAAUAUUAAUUACCAUAGUAACAUUCCUCGUUCAACAAGUCUUUCAUCGGUACUCAUGAGGUUUUUUUGUAACUGUAAAAAUAUUAGGUUAAGUUUCAUAUGUUAAUAACUUUUGUACAAUUUAUUAUUUAUGAUUUAGAAAAUUUUGUAAUCUGUUGUAGAAAAUUGUUAAAGAUAGUAAAAAUGUUUUUCUGCAACUGGCAAAUAUAAUUUUCGAAAAUAUCUUUUCGAGAACGGUCGAUGAGGAACUGCAACAAAGAUUACAAUUCUCAAUCAAUUACAUUGAAUGUACUUGUAAGUAAAUGUGAGAAAAAUGCAAAGUGAUGUUUAUUUUUAAGAUUCUGAGGAAGUUUAAAUCAAAAGAAAGCAUAACACCAAAGAAAGUUUCAGUGAAUGAUACGAAAUUUGUGACAUUGGCAAAGUAAUAUAUUAUGUACUUGAGGGAAACGAUGGAAACACAAUUCGGAUUUUUUUUUUGUUAUUACAGUAUUGAUUUUAAUGAGAAAAACCAUAAUUUAAUAUGAUUGUAUUUAUGUAUUUAUACUUCAUAUAUUUAUUUAGUAAAGUUUGCUCAUAAUGGGCAUUUUCGCCAAGCUCCGCCAUUGGAUAUUUUUGUUAUGGCGUGGGGCGUUUUCAGCGAAGUUACAUAACUUGCGUGUUUUUGAGACAGGAGCGUAUUAUGGCAAGUGCUGAUUAGUUACGUGCAAAGUUGAUUGACAAUAAGGAAAGAUUCAUUAUUAUAAACUCAUGUUAAAUAUAUACUGUCUGUCUUUUAUUAAAAGUACAGUUAGAAUGACAAUAAUUUUCGUUAUUAAUAUUGUUAUUAUAUAUAAUAACAAUAUUAUAUAUAUUUUCAUUAUUCUUUUUAUAUGAAAUAAUAUUGUUAAAUUAUUUAAUUGAAUUUUUCCAGAUUUAGCCAGACAGUAUAUCUUUAAAACGUAACUAUUCCGUAAUUAUAAUUAAGGUUAUUUAAAUUUAUGUUCUAUAUAUUUAACACAAGAAUCGUGUAAGCAAUUUUCAAAGUUUUUGAAGAUAUUUAGAAUUCAGCACCGUUGAUUUGUAUUGAGUUCUGUAUUGUAUGACAGACAUUUAGGUAUGAUUCGAUUUUACAUAGGCCUUAUUUUACAAAGAAUGUGCCUCGCAGGCGAGGGAUAAAAGAAAUUGCAGAACGAAUGGGCGGGAUGUUUUAAUACUCUACAUGCAGUUCAUGAAAAUCUGUUAGGGGAUAUAAGCAGGAUUAUUGAUGUUUAUUAUUUAUACUUCAGUUUAAAAACAUCAUCUUAGCAUUUACUCUUGGUGAAUACUAAACGUACCUAAUAAAUCAUAUUAAUAAUAUGUAUAAAUAAAAAAAUACUGUAAUGUAAUAAUCAUUUUUGUAUAAUAAAUUAAAUUUAAACUA